ACAGAAAAACUUGUUGGAGUCCGGGGUUGUGACGCAAUAUGUGAAGCUGCGGCCGCUGGAGUGGCAUCGCAUGCCAUGUUUAAGGCUGGAAAUUUAUGGACAAAUUAAUUCAGAAAGAGUCCCGACACGCGCUCCUGACAGCGUUUCGUUUUCAGUUGAAGAUGGUGGACUACAGGUCAGAUGGAGUCUGUUGCCUGUGUAUUUUCAUGGGGACGUUCUCGACGGAUACAAAAUAGAAGUUAAGAAACCAAAUAACUCUAUUCACGGGAUAUGGACAUUUUCUGCAGAGGAAAAGAGUCAGAAAUUUCCUGGAAUUACUAAACGUGCCGACAUUGGUUGUGUACUGGUCUAUGGAUUUACCAAAUAUGGAGACAGUGUUUCCAGUGGCUGUGCCAUUGAGGAGCAAGGAGAGGGGUCUGGUAACAACUCUAUUCUUUAUACGCAAUGGAGUGAAUGGAGCAGUUGCAGCAAGUCAUGUGAUCGAGGUGUACAAUUUCGCAACAGGACUUGUGCAUCACCGUGUAGUUACGGUGAUAGUUCACAUCAGGAGAACAGAAGCUGUAAUUCUCAAGAUUGCCCAGACUCACCGGAUCCGAUCUUAGAUCAACCGUCAAACCUGACCACUGUGAAAUCAAGCCCCAAUUCUUUAGCGGUCCAAUGGAAGCCUUACGCCGGUAACAACACUUUGGUGGCUUACCGCGUGUUAGUGCUCCGCAUGAGAGCUUGGAAGAGUGGAAAGAGUAGGAAGAGACGGUCGAUCCCGGACAAAGAAGGCGAGCUUCUAAGGAACUUUACUGUUGGCCCUAACGUCACAGCUUUUGAGAUUGGAAAUCUGUCCGCGUCCACCGGGUAUUGUAUCCGCAUUGGAGCCAUUACCGAGGAACUGGGGGAGGAAAGUCUCAGUGACUGUUAUUACCUCUAUACAGAAAAAAGAGAUGUGUCACUUCCGCCUCCUCCUGAGGCAAACGCCACCACUAAUGGAUCCUCAUCGAUAACUAUCCAUUGGAAACCUGUGCUCAACAAUACAGACUCCCCAAUAGUAGGAUAUGCCAUUUUCCUUCGCGAUACAAACAGAUCAAUUUUUGUUGAAUCGUGUUUGACAAAUAUCACUGUGAAUUCCAGUGGCUGUAUCGAAAUGGCAAGUCUCAUUACUACAGGGUGGGGAAACACCACAGGGUGUCUUCAGACAGAGAAUUCACCUACGCCAACGCCAGAACCAGUUGUUAAUGAGACUGCUCCAAAGGUCACUGCAUCGAUAAGAAGAUCUCUAGCAACCAUAUUAGUCACGUGGGAUCCCAAGACAAUUUCUGGCAUCAAAGGAGAAUUUAUCGGAUAUGAUUUGGAGUAUAAGCUCAUUGAAGUUAAUGGAAUUCCGAAAGACGAUGCUUUGUGGACGUCGCUGAUGUUCAGUUGUUACCAGUCCAAAACAGAGUUCAAUCUAACAGACCUAUUACCAUUUGCACGGUAUGAGAUCAAAAUGGCGGUAAUCACAUCAGAAGGCAUUGGAAAAUACAGCGAGGCAGUGUAUGGAGCAACUUGCGCAUGCGCGGAGUUUAUCACAGCUCGUUCUGCUGGUGGAAUCAAAGACUCAAAGCAAGACACUAUCACCUCCGCACUGACAAAAGUGAUAUCGGACCUUCUCCUAGACACUUGUGGUAAAUGCGAGGAUUACACCACGAAAAUUAUUUAUAGUAAUAAGAGUGACGACAGCAAUGGAUUAAUUAAUUUUCCAGUGAGCAAAACCUCAUACGGGCAGAGUGAAUAUAGCAAGUUUGUACCGGUGAUUACAGUUCCAGGAGUAUUGGUGAUAACAAGGAAGUCCGACUUAAGCAAGGUGUUGACCCAAGUGGCAAGUGGCUCAGCUCUAUCAUCGUGGCCUAUCGCAGUGGUGACCGUGGUGAUGGCCACGUUAGCAGGAAUAAUUAUCUGGUUUUUGGAUUCCAAGGAAAACUCUGAACAAUUUCCACGUCAGUUCGUUAAGGGAGCUGGUCAAGGAUUCUGGUGGUCUUUCAUUUCUAUGACAACUGUCGGGUAUGGUGAUCUCUGUCCGAAGUCCAUACCUGGAAAAUUGUUCGCCAUGAUCUGGUUUCUUAUCGGCCUUGUGAUUUUCUCUGUGUUCAUGGGAACCCUAACUUCCCUGCUGACUGUUACCACCGUCAGGAAAACUAUUGGAUCACCGCAAGGAACAGAUGUGAAAACGGUUGCAGUUGUGGCUGAUUCCCCUGAACAACGUGUUGCAGUUGGUUCUCUUAGUAGCAAAGUCAAUCUUGGAAAACAAUUUCCAGAUGUGGAACAUCUUGUGAGGGCUUUAAAAGACCGCGCAAUUGAGAGCAUUAUGGUAGAUAUGUACACGCCGGUUAAACGAAAGGAUUUGUUUAAUGGUUCUUGGUAUGAAAUUGGCAAACUACUAGAGGUUGAGAUCUCUCAUGGAGUUCUUCUACAUGGCCAUGCUGUUAGCCUGGUGGAAGAAUUGAAGAAAAUGAUCAUUGCUAAAGAUGUACAGUCAGAAUAUUUACAAGACGCAAAUGAAAACGCGGAAGAUGAGGGAGAAAUUUUAGAGGAAGAACCUGUAACAUUCUUUGAGCCGGCAAGUCCCUAUUUCCGCACCACCAUGUACACGACUCUAGCAGCUCUGGGUGUAUGUUUUUGCUGCGGGAUGCUGUACCAAGCAUUUUUCUACAAGAGAAGACGAGCACCUGGCAAUAGAAUCAAUAAUAACGCUGUCGUUCCUGAAAACACUGCUUCUGUUGCUCAGUUGGAAACAGCGGUGAAAGAAUUUUACUCAUCAUUUUCCUCAACGUACAAGGAAUUAAAAAAAAAGUUCAAAGCUGAGCUGAUUCACCUGGAGAAAGUAAAGAGACAAGGAGGGAAAAACUUGAUAAAAAAGAACUUUCAGAUAUUUGAGUCUAAAGCAUAAAUUACUGAUCACAUUUGCAAGCAUGAAAAUAAUAACAACAAUCUCUGCUAUACUUUGUACAGCCUUGACUUAAAUUUGUCAUGAAUUCUACCGCCAAUUAAUUCGUAGGGUGAUUUUGCCGUUAGGCCACUGACAUCACUGUCUAAACUCGUGUAUCUGAGGCACCUUUCCGUGGUAAUGCUUUCUACAAAAUGCAACAGUACAUUGUUUUGAAUUAAGGUGUCAAUUGCCUUCCACAGUUGUCAGUUAACAAUGAGGUUAACAAUGUACGUUAACAAUGUUUUCAUUUUAUACAAUUUUGACAGUAGUAAAGGUGUGAUAAUUCUAUAAUGGCCGGAAUAAUUCUGCAGGAGAUCAGAGCACGAAUGAGAGUAUGUUACACCAAAUCCCAAUUAUAGGAAUCCUUAAAGACAUGAUGAAAUAUAAGUUCAAUUCUUUGACUGAACACUAAGCAAACGUAGUACAUUACUUCUGGAA